UAUGCGUUUGGCUUUUCUAUUUAUUUGCACUAUGUCUGCAAAUAAAAACAAUGGCAUUUUGGAGAACACAUUUGAUGUUGAUGAAGUGAUCCUGGCUUUCUGCUUAUCGAUGCUGGUUGGUCUUCUAAUUGGAAUCUUGAUUUUCAUCUUCAUGACAUGGAUUUCCAGACGCAGAGCCUCCGUAAGGAUUAGCACCCAUUCUGAUCAAUCCUCAAGCGCUGUUGAAUCACAUAGUCAGCAAGUUCUCGAUAAGGGAGAUGGCUUCAACCUAAGCAGUGAAAGCACAGACAGAGCUACAUUAAAGGUUAAAAGACAAACAUCACUUGACCCCAACGAACUGCUGGGACACAGCUUCAGUUUUCAAGUAUCUACAUUUCGGCCACUGCGAAAGAAGGGCAGGGAUGAAGCUGAAGACAAGAAACAAAGGACAUUGCUUGACUCCACUUUGACAGAUCCUUAUACUUUGGGCCAAUCUGAGUCCUUCUGGUUAGGAAAGGGUAGUUUAAGAGGAUUUCUUCCUAAACAGAAUCCUCCACCUGCAUAUAACAGUGUUAUUCAUAUUUUUCAAGAAGCUCACAACUAAUUGUAAGGAGCUAAGGAAUAAAAAGACAUUUAAUAUAUUUAGUGUAUCAUGGUUGAAUGUAAUAUAUUAUGAAAUACAGACUUUCUAAUACCAUACUGCAAUACAUUAAGUAUCAUUAUAUUUAUUUCUGCUAAGAUGUUGUGAACAAAUGUGAACAAACUGUAAAAACUGAAAUUUUUCCUUUGCACAUUAACCAAAAUUAUAAGAAUGCAAUUAAAAGAAAAGAGGCAAUAAAUACUGGUAUAGAUUUUAGCUCAUUGAUUAAAAAUGGGUUUAUAAAAACACUGACACCUGAUUAUACCCACCAUACCUAGAAAAGUAUAAACAUGAUACAUAUCUUAACCAGCCCUCUGUAUCAUAUUUUGCAGGAGGGUGUACUGUGCAUGAGGUUUUUUUUUCUUUUGUUCGUUCUUGUUUGUGUUGUGGCUCUUGAUGUUCUAACCAGUGAGACAAAUGCAGGACUGAUCCAAGUUGUACAUACCUGUUGCAAAUACAAUUGUAAACAUGUAUAAAUCCCAUUUCUAAAAAAGUUGGUACAGUUAGUAAAAAGCAAUA